AUGUUCACUGGCGAUCAAAAGUCGGGUGCAGGCCGACUCUUCGCCGUGCCCAUGUCGAAGCGCUUCAUCGUGGCCAUUUUGGCCGCUGUUGGCUUCGUCUGGAUCCUGCUGCAGAGCCACCGGAUCCAGCCUGUCAAGGACCGAGCCAGGGCACUGUAUACGAAUAACAUACUCGACAAGAUUAACAACAGCACCUUGGGGGGAAGCCCCGUCGCUGACAGUCUGUCGCAGUUUGAGAAAAUCUAUGUCAUGGGCCUUCCUUCGCGCACCGACCGGCGCGACGGCAUGGCCCUCCAGGCGGCCCUGAGCGACCUUAGCAUCGAGUUUAUCGACGGUCCUUUGGGCGAAAAUAUUUCCGAAAAGGCCAUUCCCACCGCCGAGGACGGCAAGCACCUCACCGGCGGCGAGCUUGGCUGCUGGCGCGGCCACAUCAACGCCCUCCAAGAAAUCGUCCGUCUCAACAUUUCCUCGGCGCUAAUCCUCGAAGACGACUCCGAUUGGGAUGUCCGCAUCCGCUCCAUCAUGCAGGACCUCGCCAUCUCGACACAGGCCUUAACACAACCCCUAGCUGGCAGCACCAGCUCGUACGCCGACUCAACCUACCCGAGCAACGAGAACCAGCAAAACGCGUCCGUUGCCGAGUUUGACAUCAACGCCCUCCCGCGCACCGUCGCGCCCAAAAUCUCACCCUACGGUGACGAGUGGGAAAUGAUGUGGCUCGGUCACUGCGGCAUGCUAUUUCCUACCGCCGAGGAAGGCCUUCCUAUGGGCCGCGUCAUCCACAAGGAUGACCCAACAGUGCCGCCAUCCGGGCUCUGGUCGCUCGCGUCCAAGACCAACGAUCUCGUCGAGCAAUACCCCAAGCGCACGCGCGCUGUCCAUCAUGCUGCCAACGGCGUCUGCUCGCUCGGAUACGCUGUCACACAAAAGGGUGCUCGCGGUUUGCUGCGGGAGAUUGGCCUGCGCGAGGUCAAGGAUCCCCUCGACAUUCUUCUACGCUUUUAUUGCAUGGGGCUCAAAGGCCGUCGCAAGCACAAUUGCAUUGCCGCCCAACCCCCCAUUUUCAACCAUCACCGUCCCGCUGGCCUCAAGUCGGCAAAUAGCAACAUUGGCGACCAUGGCUCCGAGUAUCAGGCCGAGCCGCAUACGGACAUGGUUCAGUGGAGCGUGCGUCUGAAUGCAGAUGCCAUCAUGGAUGGUAAGACCGAGUUCCAAGAUUACUACAAGUAA